CAGCUACACCCCACGAGAACAGACGGUCAUGAUCGGGUUAGCCUACUAAGCAACUUGCAGGUGACUACUAAAUCCGGCCACAUAUGGAAACAUAGACAGGUCGUGCCCAUACCCACAGUCCCGGAAUGACGGCGGCUGGAACGGUGGAAGAAUCAUACGAGGCCUGCUGGUUUGCUCACACGCCUCCCAAUGGGCUUGUUGGCAUUGAAAUCCGGAGUUCGAGGCCACGCGCUAGGCUAUUAUGAACAGCGCCUAGCUGGAGAAUGCAUCGAGAUGAAUCCCGAAUAGCCGGCGUCUGGCAGCCAUGAUUGACUAUAUAACCAUGGGGAUCUCUCACCAUGAAAAGAAUCCAAAGUCGCCAUCAACAGGCUUCGGUUGUCACUCACUCACUUUACUCACUUCACUCACUACCUUCAUUCUUUGAAAUUUACACACUCUCUUUGAUACUCACACUCUUUGUAUAGUAUCUGUUCUAAGAAAAGAAUGCGUUAUCACGCAUUGCUUGGCGCUGUCGCGCUCGUUCGGGCCGCCCCCAACACUGCCAUCUUCGAUGCUGAAGCCUUCAAGGCCGUCCCGGGACCAACCCUGACUGGCCCUCCCCCUGGUGUAGCCACUCAAGAGGGCGUGUACGACGACGACGCACUUCUUUCCAAGGCUACCGCGGUGGUAUCGACGAUUGCCACUGCGCAGGCCACGGUAUCGCAGGUUGCUCGCCGGAGCGAUCUCGAGGCCCAGAGAGUCUGCAUCUUCGGCUACUGCUUCGGCAGUUCCAAGAGUACUAAGAACUCUGGGGGUUAUGGCAACAAUGACAACGAUGAUGAUGACGACAACGACGGGGGAGGUUAUGGCUCGGGCAGCAUCACUAGGCCACCCGUUUCCGUCACGACUCCCCCGGUCACUAUCACCUCAGCUCCCUCCAUCAGCUACGGUUCCGUCCCAUCGUCCUGCACGCCAGUGAGCUGGACCAACACAUUCGCAUUCACCAGCGACCCGACAUGCACCAAGGGCCCCUUCGAAGUCGGCACUUACUGCGGCUUCAUCAAUCCCGAGGACCCCUGCGCCCCGCAACCUCUGGGUGCUGGUCCCGUCCCUACCCCAGACACCGUCCCGGGCUUCUACAAGUCCGAGGCGCUUAGUAAGCUUGCUAAGAACGCCAUCACACCCAAAAACUACACCAAUACCUUCCGCAACCUCAACGCCUCAGUCAAUGCUAUUUCCUAUAUGGGUCUGCACACGCUCAACAGCUACGAUCCGCAAGCAUGCGCCGAGUUCUGCAACACAGAGAAGCUCUGCACGGGGUUCAACAUCUUUGCUGAGCGCAAUCCCCUCUGGAACCCUGACCAGUGCUCCUGCACCGCCCCUCCCUCCAUGACCAACUUCAAGUGCACUAUCUGGGGCUCUGGUGUCCUCGCGGGCGCUGCCAACAACUUCGGCCAGAAGCGUGGCGAGGACUUCAACGUCGUCAUUGCUGCAUCCAAUGGCUACGAGAAGAUCAACACGACGACGCCGCCCACUCCCGAUGGCUGGGGCAAGCCCCAAAGGUGCGGUGGUAUGUUCGACAAGCCGCGCACUUGCAUUGGGAAGCAGAUCUUCAAGGGUCCUUUCGAUCCCUCGGUUUGCGCGGCUUAUGCCUCGGCACAGAAUGCGCUCAAUCAAAAGAAGGGUCUAUGGAAUCUUAUCAAGUCCCUGUUGGGGUACAACAACUCCAAAUGUAAUUUCUUCAAUGCGGCUAUGUUAGACAUGAACGACGUCGCCCAGGGAUAUCAGUGCUCGCUUUAUGCGCAACAAUAUCAGUCUGAACAGGCUACGUUCCAGCCGCCUAAGUACGGGGCUGAUGUCUGGAAGGUUGAGAAUAGUUGGAGUUAUUGUCUGAAGGGAACUUAUUAGAUCGUAGGGCACGGGCUUGGUAUGGAAAGGGUAAUGAUGGUGUUUGGUUUGUCUUUGGGGUAUGACUGAGAAUGGGGUUUGCUUUUGUAAACGGUUGGGUUCGGAGUUAUGAUUUGGUAAUUCGGGGAGGGAUGGAAAAAUAGGGGUAUGAUUUACAUGGGACUAUUUGUACAUACAAAUAAUCUGAAACCUGAAUACGAAUCGUUCUCAAGAC